CUGUGGCGCAGUCUGCUGGGAGAAGCGGCUGAGGAGAUGGGAGACCCCGCGGGUGACGUGAACUCCAACCUGCUGAUACCGAGCUCCACCGGGGAUGCGGAGCUGGACGCCGCGGUGUGGCGGUGGCUGCGGUGGGAUAAGAACCUGAAGACCAGAGAUCAGAUCGGGCGCCUGCUGCAGGACGGGAAGAACAAGGAGCUGCGGGAGCGGCUCUGCUCCCGGAUGGCAUUCGGCACGGCUGGCCUGCGCUCCCCCAUGGGGGCCGGCUUCUGCAGGAUCAACGACCUGACCGUCAUCCAGACCACGCAGGGAAUGUACCACUAUCUGGAGAGGAGCUUCCCGGAGCUGAAGAGCAGAGGCCUGGUGGUUGGAUACGACACGCGGGGACAAGCGAGCAGCGACUGCAGCAGCGAGAGGCUGGCAAAGCUGACGGCGGCCGUGCUCCUCAGCCAGGGCGUGCGGGUCUACCUCUUCUCCAGAUAUGUCCCCACGCCGUUUGUGCCGUACGCUGUACAAAAACUGCGAGCCGUGGCCGGAGUCAUGAUCACAGCUUCUCACAACCGCAAGGAGGACAACGGCUACAAGGUGUACUGGGAGAACGGAGCUCAGAUCACGUCGCCCCAUGACAAAGAGAUCCUGAAAUGCGUGGAGCAGUACCCGGAGCCCUGGGCCGACUCCUGGAGUGUGAAUCUAGCCGACACGAGCCCGCUCAUGAGGGACCCCCUGCAGGCGAUCGUCGACAGCUACAUGGAAGACCUCCGGACGGUCUGCUUCCACAGGGAGCUGAACCAGAAGACACGGCUGCGGUUCAUCCACACGUCCUUCCACGGAGUCGCUCACGAUUACGUCCAGUCAGCCUUCCGAGUCUUCGGCUUUAACCCUCCGAUUCCUGUCCCCGAACAGAAGGAGCCGGACCCCAAUUUUUCAACUGUGAAAUGUCCCAACCCCGAGGAAGGAGAGUGCGUGCUGGAGCUGUCUCUCAGGUUGGCAGAGAAGGAGGACGCCCGGGUGGUGGUGGCCACGGACCCUGAUGCCGACCGACUGGCCGUAGCCGAACUACAGGACUCGGGCUGCUGGAAGGUGUUCACCGGGAACGAGCUGGGCGCCCUCCUCGGGUGGUGGAUGUUCUUCUGCUGGAACAAGUCGGGUUCCACCUCCAAGGUCCAGGAGGUCCACAUGCUGGCCACGACCGUCUCCUCCUCCAUCCUGCGCGCUGUCGCCUCCAAGGAAGGCUUCCAGUAUGAGGAGACUCUGCCGGGAUUUAAAUGGAUCGGGAACCGGGUGAAGGCGCUGCUGGACCAGAACAGAACCGUCCUGUUCGCCUUUGAGGAAUCUAUCGGCUACAUGUGUGGGACGGCCGUGCUGGACAAGGACGGAGUGAGCGCGGCCGCUGUUGUUGCGGAGAUGGCGACGUUUCUGGACAGCGUCGGCAUGAACCUGGCACAGCAGCUCGUCCAGAUAUACGAGACAUACGGUUAUCACAUUUCACAGACGUCUUAUUUCCUGUGCCACGAUCCGCCCACCAUCAAAAGGAUAUUUGAACGGCUGCGGAAUUACAGCGGUCCCAAGCAGUACCCGCAGGCGUGUGGGGUGUACGGCAUCCUUCAUGUGCGGGACGUAACGAUGGGAUACGACAGCAGUCAGCAGAAUAAGAAAUGUCUGCUUCCGGUCAGUAAAAACAGUCAGAUGAUCACCUUCACGUUUCAGAAUGGAUGUGUGGCUACCAUGAGAACAAGCGGGACAGAACCAAAGAUCAAGUACUAUGCUGAGAUGUGCGGGGUCCCUGGCCAGGGUGACAGGUCGUUCCUUGAGCAGGAGCUGAAGAAGGUCAUCCGGGCUCUGGUGGAGGAGUUCCUGGAACCCAGUAAGAACGGCCUGAUCUGGAGGGCGUAAUCUGUAUGAGGAUGCCCGGCCCCGGUAUCUCCGACCCUGCUCUGUGCAGCCUCCAUGUUACACGUCAGCAGCGCAGAUCGGCCGGAACGGCAGUGAAAUAACGUAAAACUGUCCAGACAUGUUCAAUGCAAAGCUCUUCCAUGUGUGAUCCUGCUGCAAAGCAUUGUGGGUAGUGUCUGUGGUAACUGCUGCAGGGCGGGUGCGUGAUACAAUGGACGAGCCGUAUCAUUACUCUGUGGACACGUUUCUUAAAGUGACAGUGCACCCCCCCUCAGUUUAAGGUUUAUCAGUUUGACGUUGUUUGUGUUUGGUUUGUCCGCUUACGACCAAAUGACUUUUCAUGUCUUCGUUGGAGAGACGAGGCGCCGAUCUCUGCCGAAAUUUCCAGCGUUCUAUAAGGGAUAUGGUUGCAGGACUGGUGCCCUUUAAAUAUCAAAGCUUACCAAAUAGGUGACCAGUGAAUACCCCCUAUCAAGGCCAUAGACCAGGGGCCAGCAACCUUCGACACUCCAGCUGUUGUGAAACUACAAUUCCCAGCAUGCUCCAUUCAUGUCUAUAAGAGGUCUUAGAAGAACAGAGCCAGUAUGCAUGUUGGGAGUCGUAGUUUCACAACAGCUGGAGUGCGGAGGUUGCCGACCCCUGCCAUAGACGUUAGCAUCGUCUGGAGCAUCAUGGGAAACAAGGGAACCUGUCUAGUUUACUUAGCAAAGAGAUGAGCGUCGCCAGAUGUGCGGCGUCUGCGUGACCUCUGAGCUUUGAUAAGCGGCCAGUCCUAGCAAGUGUUCUUUCAAAAGUGCGCCAACUAGUGGCAGCCGCCAUUGUGAAGGGCGGAGCUUACACUGAUGAGUUCUACCCAUCCAUCAGGGACCACGAAUGGCGUCCGCAGCCUCUGAGAACGCAGGAGGUCACUGCGUGGACAUGACGCGACCACCUAAAAAAAAAGUGUCACUUUUCUGUAGUUUUGUUCCUGUUUUGUGUUAAUUUUAUUGCUUUUUUUUUUUUUUUUAUCCCAGUGGAAGCGCCACGAGCGCUGGCGCCGGUCCGGGCGCUGGGUCUUCUGGCCGCUUCUGUCGAGUAUUAUGUCACAUUCGUUUUGUUGCGCUGCUCGGAGCUUCUCCUGCGGCUGGAGGAAGGUGUGUUGUUGUUUUUUUGUUAUUUUUUUUGCCUUUGAGGUUUUUGUUUGAUUGCGUUGAGGCAACGGUCGACUGGGAAUCGAAACUACAACCCCCAGCAUACAGGGAGUAGUGGUUUUGCAGAAGCUGGAGGGCCGCAGGUUGGAGACCACUGAUCCAGACUUAACCUGUUGUGAACUGUAUGACGAGGAGAACUCUGCUUGAAGGACCGGUCCAGACUUGUGCAGGUGAAGAUUUCUAAUAGACUUUGGGGGAGAUUUAUCAAAACUGGUGUAAAGUAGAACUGGCUUAGUUGCCCAUAGCAACCAAUCAGAGUCCACCUUUCAUUUUCCAAAGAAGCUCUGAUUGGACGCCAUGGGCAACUAAGCCAGUUUUCCUUUUAUACCAGUUUCGAUAAAUCUCCCCUUUGUGUAUAGAGUCCUUACCGUUUUCAAGAUCUCUGCUUGCUUCCAGUGUCAGGGCGUAAAGAGCUGCCCCCUGACCUAGUCCUGAGCGUUUGGUAAAUCACUCCUGGCCCAAUUGCUUGCUGCAGUGUUUCAGCGCAGGUGAAAUGUGUAGGCCUGGAGUCCAGCUACCGCUGACACAUUGUAACCCACCCUCAGCUGUGAGAAGGGUUUCCAGCUUUUGGAGCCAUCAAGUCCUUUGGGCCGGACCUGUGCCCCUCAAGCCCCUGAACGUAAAGAGAGACUCGCCCGUCCGCGGGCCUGUCUACGCAGGCUGGGUCCUGUGACCGCUGCUGCCAAUCGCAGGCCUUAGCGUUCAAGAUGCUGAGGCCCGGGAUGGCCAGCAGUGACAUUUGUGACAAAUACUCAGCUGUGCAGACAGGAAUGGAUCAGCCUCUGAAUAGUAACAGUGUUUCCAAUCACUGACGGCAAGCAGAAUUCUUGAAAAUGGCUAACUGUUAAUGAUAUGGUGGGAUGGGACUGGGCCGGUUCUCCCCGGGGUGCUCCUGGUCCCUCAUUCUUCUGAGCGGUGAUUUUGGCGCAGUCCAUCCCUCUCCGCUCUCAUAUGCGACAUCAGAUAUGAAACGCGUCGGCUCUGAGCAUCCACUACAUGGAUCACAUCGGACGUGAUCUUGCCGGUGUUCUCUGCGCUUUAUAUCCAGUACAAUCCUUCCCCGCCGCAGGAAGAACCACUGCAGAGCCCACAUCAGAAGUAUAAAGCUGCUGCGUCGGUCCGCCCUGGAGAGGCAGCUCCACCAGUGUACAGGUGAAAUCCACAUGUAAUGUUCUCUUGUACUCCAGUCACAUCCAGAGCUGCAGCCACCGCCACAUCCUGUCUUGUGGUACAGUCACCACCGAAGCUGCAUUCAGAAUAAUGGAUAUUUAAUGAUUUCUAUACACUAAGAAGCAUUGUGGGAGAUGUAGUGUUUGCACCACUCACUGUACAUGAUUAUAGUAUAAUCCAUAGUGCAUUGUGGGAGCUCAGCCAAGCUAUUCAGGCAGCCAAAAGAAUUUUGAAUGCAGCUCUUGAUGUAACUGGAGUACGAAGCUCUACACCAGUACAAGCUGUGGGCACAUCACAUGUAGCUUUGACCUGUAUGUUGGUAGUAGGAGCUUGGUGGCUCUUCGGGUGGUUGACCUCUCAAUGUCGGAGUAACCACUCGUCACUGCUCUGCGUAGCCAUCUUGAGGAUGCCCGUGGGCAGUCGCUGCCCGCUGGGUGUCCGGGCGCGCUGUGCCCGUACAGUGACCGGGCUCCAUGUGUCUCUAUUGAAGCUUUUUGCACUGUGAUUCAUAAUGGCUUCCCCGAGGUCUGGAGAAGCGGCCGGCCCGGGGUUGUAUUGCACUAUGUCUCAUUGCACUAUGUCUCAUUGCACUGCUCUUGUCUAUAUAUGGACGCAGCAUCCUCUAGGGGGCGCUGCAAUGUGCCUAGGUUAUAGCCAGAUUGUUAUAUUGCUUUCUUUACAUUGAUUUAAUCUUCAUUAGGGCUCAUGCACUGACAUGUACUUUUUUUAUCCGCAUCCGAUCUGCAUUUUUUUAAAGUCAGAUGUGGACUCGCUGACUUCAGUGGGGCCGCAAAAGAUGCGGACAGCACACCUAUGAGGCACCCUCUAUAAGGGGCCGGCCGUUCCGUAAAAUAUGGAGUAGGCAUCUAUGUUUUGUGGAUCCGCAAUUUGCAAAACUGCCAGUGGUCGUGUGCAUGAGCCCUUAUUGGCGUCUCCGUGACUUUAUAAGGUGCUUCUCGCGAAGCUUUCACAUUCUGCUUAGCACUGGAUGUCUUCUCCCCACGAGUCUGUUGUCCUGUUUACCCAAAGACUUCUUCGACCUCUUCGGUGGUGACUUACCGAGGUCAUCGAUGUUCUCACCAUCUCCAGUUUCCUAGGAGUUUGAGAAGACCAGUUAUGGUUGGCUUUAGACAAGUGAUGGUUCUUCUGAGUCUCUGACCAGGUUUCGAGACCUGUACCUUUUUGAUUUUAGGAGGUUUGCAUCCCAUACAGUUAAGCACGGCGACGUUGGCUGCGACAUUUGCCGUAAAUUUCAUUGGAGUGUUAAUGAAAUUGAAUGGGGCCUCGCUGUGCUCAGUCACGAGAUGCAGAUCUUCUUGUGAAUUUUGGACCGUGACAACUUGCGGUUUGCGAUGUGACCUUAUUCACUAUCAUGCCGUAUAACUCCAGUCUUGGUUAUGUUUACGUCAGAGACUGCGUUCAAGGGUAUGGUCAGUAAAAGUUCUAGACCACCCCAAGUUCCCGGUUAAAGGGGUUGUCACAUGAAGACCACCCCACAUAUCACAAUUCGUUAUGCUGUAUUUAAAGGGGUUGUCUAGUCUUAAAAUAAUAAUUGGGUAAGUCAUACUCCCCGUUCCCCCGCCGGUCCCUGUCGACACAUGGCCGCUCAGCCAAUCCUGGCAGAGGCGGGUCACCACUGUGGUCAGCGAUCGGCUGACUUGUUUAUUUCCUGUGUCAAGAGGGUCAGAGAAGUAGAGAGCAGCGGGGGGUCGGGAAGGUGAGGCUUUAAAAAAUAAAAAUCAUCUGGACAACCCCCUGAAAGGACAACUUGGCUGUGGGUGUAAACCCCGACGGACCUCUCUGUACACAGUUACACUUCAAACGAGCUUUAAAGGGGGUGUCAGAAUAAAAAAAAAAAAAACGGCAGCUUUUUUUUUUUUCCCACCAGUCCACAGGCGGUGAGUGGUAUCACACCACCCCCCGGUCACUUUAACCUGCUUUAAUAUCACAUACAGCCCAGGUGUGGCAGAAAGCCACCAUGUUUUUCCUUGACACAUCGAGACGUUCAGCUCUGCCGUAUAGACCUGUUCUUUCAUGUUUACCUCAGAAUAGGGAUAAUUAUUUUGUACACAAUUCUGUUGCCGUUAGCGCAUUGUUGUGUUUUUUUUUAUUUUUUAUUGUGAUAUUUUGUGUAACUGGUGUGCAAAUAAACUCUGGUUAUAAUUGGA